CCUGUCUUUGGUCUUCCGAUCUUGCCAAACAGCAUGGCGAACCUCGAGCAUGCUGAGGACAACCCAAAACAUGUGAAAAUGUCUGGUGACGUCUCCGCCGACAGUGCUGCAGUGCAGCCGGCCGAAGUGUGCUCUGCACCGGACAGAUACGCGGGCGCGGUCCCGUGCUCUAUCCCGUCGUUCGCAGCCGCCUCCGGGCUGCUGUCAGCGCCGUACUCGUGUCUGGUCAUGAACACGCACCGGAGACACAUCGGCCUGCCGCCCGUGUACCUGAAUAAGAAGAGGACAGGCAUACAGGAGGAGCUGGAAGCCGAGCUGCUCAAGUUCUCCGAGAGUCUAAAGGGAGUUCCCUUGGCUUAUGACAACAUCAGGAUUGUGGGCCAGCACGGAGACAUCUACGACGACAGCGGCUACAUCCACAUGAACAUAGAGGCCAACUUUGUUGUCUUUCAGCCCGAAAAAGGACAGAAACUGCUGGGAAAGGUGAAUAAACUAGGACCAAGCCAUGUGGGCUGCCUGGUGCACGGCUGCUUCAACGCCAGCAUCCCCAAACCCAACCUGGUUCCUAUGGAAACCUGGCGGGACGCAGGGCCCAGAAUUGGAGCAGAGAUCGUGUUUGAGGUGACUGCGCUUGACGCUGACGCUGUGGGAGUUCUGCUGAUCAGAGGACGACUGGAUAGGACUAGGGUGCAGGAGCUGCUGGCUAUGGGUGAGAGCUUAGAGUCCGGCGUCCCCACAGACGAGCCAGAACUACCAGAAACCGAACCAAACCUAGAACCCACUGAGGAGUCUCCUGUCGACACACCCAAGAAAAAGAAGAAGAAAAAGAAGGACAAAGUCAAAGAGGAGGAGACAGAAGAGGAGGUCACAAGUACCCCCUCCUGCCACUUGGAUGGCAGCACAACACCAGAGCUGAACGGAACAAUGGUUGAAGCAAAUGGCGAUGAAGCUCUUGAAAAAAAGAAGAAGAAGAAGAAGAAAAAGGAAAAACACCUGAAAGAAGAGGAGGAAGAGGUUGAGGUCUCUCCCAUGGGCGUCAACGGCAGUGACUCCAGCGGUUACCUUAGUGACCAGCCAAGCAAAAAGAGAAAACACGAAACUGGUAAAGAUGUCAUAUCUAGUUUUAUUGAGGAUCCUGAACCACCCAAAUCCAAGAAGAAGAGGAAAAGUGGCAUUGAGCAGUUUGCCUGAAAGGUUGAUCAUAUUCUGUAUAAUAAUUGAAGGGAUACAACAUUCAUAACAAGAAUGGUUCAGGAGGAAUCUACUGAUGUGCCUUUAGGGGUAAUUCUGCUAUACUUAAACCUGGGCUCUAUAUUGACAUAUUUUGGGGUCUAUAUGACUAAAAGUUUUGGAAUUUGGGCCAGCAUGUCGUCUCAGCAGGCAGCCGCAAUUUGUGCAGCACGGGGUGCAAUGUUUUCUUUUGGUGCCAUUGCUCCCGUCAAAAGUAGGUCCACUGAUGUGCUUGAUUGUUUUUCUACGUGUCUGAUAACAUCCCUACUGAGAUGUAUCUUUUUGUUAAAGAGUAAGAAGAACUCUCGCAAGACUUCUGUUUCUGGUUAAACAAAAAAGGUCCAUCUCUGUAGGAAUCUGUUCAUUAAUGUUGUCAGACACUUUGAAAAACAUUCUGAGCCUGUCUGUGCCAACAACAAAUUAAUUUUUUUUCAGUGUGCAUUGCCCCCAAGGAUUUUGUUGCAGCCAUUGCAGCUUGUUUCACAGCUGCCUGUUGAGGCGAUCUAUUGGACCGAUUCCAAAACCUUUUAUAAAAAAUAGGGCCCAGGAAUUACCCUUUACCCUACAAUUUUUAGUAAGCAGGAUUUCUGGUGCAUUCUACUGAGCUAGUCUAAAAUCAUUUAUACAGAGGGUCAGACUUGCAAAAGGAGUCUUUUUACUGGUCACAUGAAUUUUGUGGAAAAGCGCAUGAGAGGAUAAAAGCAGACUCAACAGAUCAGGACCUCAUUGAACUGCAGUUUCCUUCCACUGCCUGACGGUGGAGCAAAACUUCUUCUUACAUCCACACGGGGACACAAAAACAUGUGAAACCCUGUCAACUUCACAUAUUAAACGUGUUGCUGAGACUAAGAAGGCCAGGUUUUUGCUUUGAAUUUAUGGAACCAAAUGGGACAAAGAUGAAUUGAUAUUAACUCUCUACAUACUGUAGUACAUUUCCUCUUGCCUGGAUGCUGAAGGAGGAUGUAAUAUAAGAAAUGUCUCUCUUCUCUUGCCUUGUGUGCCUCUGCAGUCUUUGAAAGGGCUGUCUUAAUAAUUACUGGAAUAGAAGGAGAUUGUAUGUUUACUACCAAAUAUUUGCAAUAUUCACUCAGCAUCCUAGAAGUGCAUCAUGCACAGUGGGAAAAACAGUGCAGUCAUGAGUUAUCCUGUCAUCCUUCAGUUCUGCGUUGACAGUUUUCCACAUGUAGGUGUGUUGUCUCAUCCCAAUUAAAGAGCUCUAUAUUUUGAAAUGUUUACCCUUUGAUCACAUAGUCAAACCUAUUUUUGAAAAUGAAGGGGACCUGUGAAACCCUGUAGUUUGAACAUCUACAACAUUGCUUUGAUUUUCAUUAUUUGGAAAAUAUAUCCCUGUAAUGAUUAUUAAUAUGAAGAUUUCUAUUUUUUCGUGGCAAAUUCCCACCUACAACAAACUCUUUUAUGCUGACCAAUGGGUGUCAAGUGAUAAAGUGCUGAGAGACAGCCUAAA